CAGGAACAGGUUCGAGUAGCAUUCCGGAACGUGCUUCGGCAUAUAAAUACAACGGCUUUCUCCGUACCGUAGCCGCUACUAUUGGGCACGUGAAGCAUAGCGUGUCCGAUUUUGGAAGUAUGUUUCCAGUGAAACCUCGAAAUCACUCCCCGGAAUAAAUCCUUAGCCACCCUAGUUGGCACUGGCGGCCCUAGGCACAGUGCUGUUACAGAAUACAGGGGAAAGAAUCUACCAAACCGAAAAUAUGCCACUGUGAAAGUUUGCCUUCGCCUUCCCACAAUCUGGGAAGUUUUGUGCCCUCGAGGAUAUUCGUGCGAACCAAUCGUUUCUGCCAUUGUCGGCAUCGUGUUUGGACGCUCGGUUGCGUCGUGAAUGUUAUUAUUUGCGUUCUUCGCAUAAAUUGUUCGAUUAAAGUGAAAGCUCUGCAGCCUGCAGUGUGGUUUUUACCUUAAAACAAAAACAGUAUAAAGAGUUGAAAGUUAUUUGUGUCUUAUUUCAUACAGUGGAUCAGAGCGAAAAAAAGCCCAAACAGAUUAUGCUAAUGUUGUCACCCCCCAAUCUAACGAGCAGAGCUCGUGCCUACCGCAUGAUCCCUACGGAGUGUAAAUAAAAUAAUAUUUGUGUCAAAAGCGUGUUUCACUCGGGAAAAAAGUGCCAUUAUAUUCGACAACGUGAAGCCAAAUCGUGGUGAAAAUGAGGAAGAGUGUCAACAGUCUAUCGCCUAUUUCACCGCCGCUGCCUAACACGCCCCCACCGGUAAGGACAUCACCCGGAGCUCCCACCUCCCCCAGUCUGUCACCUCCGAGCUCGAUAUAUCUGCCCAAUUCGGGCUCUCGACCGACCCUCAGCAUCAACAAUACCUCCAGCAACCGAUGCAGCAGUCUGUUAUUCGCCGAUGACACCACUCCCAUCACCUCCCCGCUGCCAAAUAUUCUCUGCCCGCAGGAAAUCUACACCAUCUUCAGCCGGACGACGGAUGAUUCGGAUGGAAUCUCGGUCAGCAUACCGCCCGAAACGUCCCGGCUGGUGGCAAACAAUCACCGCAAUUCGCUCUUCCUGGCGAACAAUGCGGGUACCGCCGCCAGCAAGACCCGGUCACGCCGUUCCUCCGAACUGUCGCAGAACAAUCGUGGCGAUCGGUCAACAUCCGCCUCGAUGAAAUCGCACAGUUCGUCCCGGAAGCGCAGCUCGACGCACAUCGAAAUGAAUGCCAAUCUGGAGCGGCCGCGCUGCCUGAAGUCAUCCUUUCUGCGGCGCAAGUGUAAGGAGUAUGCUGAUGACGAUGAUGCCACAACAUCCGGGGUAACGUUGGACGAUAGUGAUAAGCGAGUGAUACUGUUGAAUCAAACUCAACGACAAAAGUACUGCAACAAUCAUAUCUCGACAGCAAAGUAUAGCGCAAUAAGUUUUAUACCAUCGUUUUUGUUCGAGCAGUUCCGACGGUAUUCGAACUGCUUCUUUCUGUUCAUCGCUCUGCUGCAGCAGAUUCCGGAUGUCUCGCCAACCGGUCGCUACACCACCCUAGUACCUUUAAUAUUUAUUUUAUCUGUAAGUGCUAUCAAGGAGAUCGUCGAGGAUAUUAAGCGGCAUCGAGCGGACGAUGAAAUCAACCAUCGCGAAAUCGAAACGCUGCAGGGCGGCCAGUGGCGAUGGAUCAAGUGGAAAGAGCUGUCCGUCGGCGAUAUCGUCAAGGUGCAAAACAACACCUUUUUCCCAGCCGAUCUGGUGCUGCUGUCCUCGAGCGAACCGCAGGGCAUAUCAUUCAUCGAGACGUCCAACCUGGACGGGGAGACGAACCUCAAGAUUCGUCAGGGCGUUCCUGCCACGGCCAAAAUUCUUGAAACCAAAGAUUUUAUCCAGUUUUCCGGCACGCUGGAAAGCGAACCACCCAAUCGGCAUUUGUACGAGUUCAACGGGGUGCUGAAGGAGAGCGGGAAGCCCGCGGUAGCCCUUGGCCCGGACCAGCUUUUGCUGCGAGGCGCCAUGCUACGGAACACAUCCUGGAUAUUCGGCAUCGUCAUCUACACCGGUCACGAUACGAAACUUAUGCGAAACUCUACCUCAGCGCCACUCAAGCGCUCAACUGUUGACAGACUGACAAAUACGCAAAUUUUAAUGUUAUUUUUCAUUCUAAUCUUUCUUUGUAUCGUGAGUUGCAUUUUUAAUCAAGUUUGGACUAAACAGCAUUACAAAACCGAUUGGUAUCUAGGCAUAAGUGAUUUAUUAAGCAAAAACUUCGCCUACAAUCUUCUUACGUUCAUUAUUCUGUACAACAAUUUAAUUCCAAUAUCACUGCAAGUUACGUUGGAGUUGGUUAGGUUUCUUCAGGCAAUCUUCAUCAACAUGGACAUCGACAUGUACCACGAGGAGUCGGACACCCCUGCGAUGGCUCGAACGUCCAACCUGAAUGAGGAACUCGGCAUGGUCAAGUACAUUUUCUCGGACAAAACGGGCACCCUAACGCGAAACGUGAUGGAGUUCAAGAAGUGUUCGGUGGCGCGCACCAUCUACAAUCCGGAGGAUAACCCGGCUCAGUCGCAGUUAGUGCAGCACAUCCUAAACAACCACCACACGGCUGCCAUCCUACGGGAGUUUCUCACGCUGAUGGCGAUCUGCCACACGGUGAUACCGGAAAAGUCCGACAGCGAGAACAUCAACUACCACGCCGCUAGUCCGGACGAAAGGGCGCUGGUCUACGGUGCCAAAAAGUUCGGUUACGUGUUUCACACCCGAACGCCGAGCUACGUCGAAAUCGAAGCUCUCGGUGUCCAGGAACGGUUCGAAAUACUGAACGUACUCGAGUUUACCUCCACGCGCAAACGAAUGUCGGUUAUAGCGCGGAACUCCAAAGGGGAAAUCAAGCUGUACUGUAAAGGUGCCGAUACGGUGAUCUACGAACGGCUGUCGACGAACGGUCAAGCUUAUCGGGAAGUCACCCUCCAACAUCUUGAGGAAUUUGCCACCGAAGGGCUGCGAACGCUGUGCUGCGCGGUGUCUGUCAUUCCCGAUGACGUGUACGAAGACUGGAAGCACACGUACCAUAAAGCGUCUACGUCGCUGCAGUACCGGGAGCAGAAGGUGGAAGAUGCGGCCAAUCUGAUCGAGACUAAUCUGAUGCUGCUCGGAGCGACUGCGAUCGAAGACAAACUGCAGGACGGUGUACCUGAAACCAUAGCCUCCCUUAUCGAAGCCAAAAUCAACGUUUGGGUGCUAACCGGAGAUAAGCAGGAGACGGCGAUUAAUAUUGGCUAUUCCUGUAAGUUGCUAUCGCACGGCAUGGACUUAAUUAUUUUAAACGAGGAUAGUUUAGACAACACCCGAAAUUGCAUUCAGAGGCACAUAGCGGACUUGGGAGAUCAGCUGCGGAAGGAAAGUAACAUGGCACUCAUAGUGGAUGGGAAGACGCUAAAAUAUGCACUGAGCUGCGAUUUGAGGACCGAUUUCCUAGACCUGUGUAUAUCGUGCAAAGUGGUCAUCUGCUGUCGUGUUUCUCCCAUCCAAAAGGCGGACGUGGUCGAUCUGGUGACGACGAAUACCAAGUCGGUGACGCUAGCUAUCGGAGAUGGAGCGAACGACGUUGCCAUGAUACAGAAAGCACACGUUGGCGUAGGCAUUUCCGGGGUGGAGGGACUACAAGCUGCAUGCGCGUCGGACUACUCAAUUGCGCAGUUUAGUUACCUGCGAAAGUUACUGUUGGUGCAUGGCGCGUGGAACUACAGCAGGGUCUGUAAGCUGAUACUGUACAGUUUCUACAAAAACAUUUGUCUGUACGUUAUAGAACUGUGGUUUGCUAUUUACUCUGGAUGGUCUGGCCAAAUCUUAUUCGAACGAUGGACAAUCGGUUUAUACAAUGUGUUUUUCACCGCAUUGCCACCAUUUGCGAUGGGUCUUUUCGAUAAGGUGACCUCGGCGGAGCAAAUGUUAAAAGAACCAAGGCUUUACGAACCAUCCCAAAGUGCCCAACUAUUCAACGUGAAAGUAUUCUGGUACUGGAUCUUCAACGCUCUGGUCCACUCGGUGCUCUUAUACUGGCUGCCAAUGUUUUCCUACCAGGGUGACGUGAUCUGGGGAAACGGACGGGACGGUGGUUAUUUAGUGUUAGGAAAUAUAGUUUAUACUUACGUGGUUGUUACAGUUUGUCUGAAAGCCGGCUUGCUGACAAACUCCUGGACGUGGCUGACGCAUUGUUCCAUCUGGGGCUCGAUUGUGCUGUGGUUUAUGUUUAUUUAUAUUUACAGUAAUAUCUGGCCAACGAUACCGGUUGGCGCGGUGUUCACCGGCAUGGACGAUAUGAUUUUCUCAUCACCCGGGUUCUGGCUGGGUUUAUUCCUAAUACCAAUAACGGCCCUGCUGCCUGAUGUCGUAGCCAAAGUGAUAAAAAACAGAAACCAGGACUUGGCAGCUCCCCAUCCCAUCAAGGAAUCGCGUUCUUCAUGGUUUCGCUUUCUCGCAGGAGGAAGGUGGAGCCGUGACACAAACCGACGUUAUCAGAGCCUACGACACCAAUCUGCCCAAACCGGAUGGGAAUUGAGAGUUCCGACCCGAUUUUUGCUGCGCAAACUAUUUUUCCGUGUGUUGAAGCGAAGACGCAAACGGCACCAACAGCAGCAGCACCAGCAACAUCAGCGGCAGCCCCCACAUCUGAGCCUGCUAUGAUGGACCUCUGGCGAGAAAACCGUUCAGAGACGCAGGUCAAGCGUUUAUUCCAGGAAUUUAGUAACAUUAACAAUAUGCGUAAGUAAUUUUGUGUAAAUGUGUGUAAAGUUAAAGGAAAAAAAACAAAAGCACUAUUAUUUAUACGUACGUAUUUGUUAGAAAAGAAUACAAUACAAAGUGUUUGAUGUGUAAGCGCCAGGGUAUAUUUAUAGUGGAAGAUAAUUGAUAAUAUUUAUUUUGCGUCGAGUAACGUGAAAAAAGUAUUUAUUAUUAUAUUAACGUGUUAGUUAAGGUGAAAAAAAUCGAUAGUGUUGCAAAAAAAAGCAAGGACAACAUUAUAAAUAUCAAGAUAAAAAGUAUUAUUUUUGUAUCAAAAAGGUAAAUCAAAUCAAUUAUACAAAUUGUAGGCUUUUGUCUUGUUCAGAACUGUUUCAUUUCUACCUUUCAACUUCGACUGGAUGCUUUUCUGCUCUAAUAUAGUUUAUAGUUUAGUUUUUUUUUCUACGGAAACAAGUUAACAUUUGUCAGCAGAGACAUGAAAUAUAAAAAAAAAGAAA